CCAGCAAGACCAUGAAGUUCCAGAUCCGCUCCUUGAUUCCAUUGCUCGUGAUCCUGAUCCCGCUCCUGAAACCCGCAGAGGGAGAACUGGCGUGCGGCCACUAUUUGACAGAAUUAGUAAUGACUGUGUGCGAAGGAAAAUUAAAUGUUAUGAUUUCAAAACGAGCUUAUCCGGAUCUGAAUCUAUUUGGCUUUGAGAACAACAUGCUGGAAAACUCCGAUUCGGAAGAAGAUUUCAAACCCCACCACCCCCGCCUUAAUUCCAUGAUGGCCAUGCCGCGUAAUCUCAGGGGCAUUGUGGACGAAUGUUGCCAUAGGCCGUGCUCCGUUAAAAAGAUUCAAUCGUACUGUCAAGAUUGAAAGAACACCAACCUGUUUCGAGACCUGUGCCAUCAUAUACCCACGAGAUUUACGAUUGUUCAAAUGAAUAGUAUUACACGCCUCUUUUGCAAAUAAAGUAUAUAAGCGCAA